AUGGCAAUCAACUGGAGACUCCGGAGCACAGUAUUCCAGCUGCUAGCAGCAGUAUAUGCUGAGCUGGGAGAACAAGGCUUCAAAGGCCGAUAUGUGUCGAUUGCACAGUACUUUGGCCCUGAGGCCUCUUACGAUGCUAUCAAGUCGUUUUUUGCGAAAGAAGUGUCAAAGGCAGCAGACCAAUUAAAAGCUCAGAACCCCAGUCACCAUGGCUCAGGGCGAGGCGUCCCUUCGAGAUGCCCAGCUGGACCUUCCCGUCGCCCACCGCAUCUCUACUUCGAUGAUGAGGACAUAAGCAUCUUGACGCAGAGGGAGUUUGAAGCGGUAGAAGCUCGCGUUGGCCAUUCACUGCGAGGCCCUGCCAAGCGCCCUCGAGUAAUCAAGGCGUCUCCGCGCCCUUCAGAAGGGCCGAAGGUCAUAUAUGCAGCUACUGUCGUCGAUGCGCCACAAAACGAGCGUCGUCCCAGUCAGGCAGCUAGACAUCAACCGGAGGUGACCAAGCCCAGUCACAUUGGUACAGUCCUGUCUCCCAGUGCGGUGCAGAGCGACACAUCCCAGCCACCACCUGAGGAUCGUGGUCCCAGUCGGAAGCGACGACUGUCAGAGCUCCGUGACAGCAUGCAGCCUGAAUUUGACGAGUCCAGCCGCUGCAAGACGCCGCCGCAAUUCGAGUCGUUUGGCUACGUCACCAGCCAUGGCCAGUAUCGGUGUGCAUUGUGCUUAAGCCAGCUACCUAGUCAGGAGGCUCUCGAACGUCACGAACGCAUCAGCCAGGAGCACCUGCGCGGUCUUAACAAUGCACAAAAAGUUGCCAAGGGGCGGGAGAAACUAGCUCAGGUUGCCAUGCCGCCGCACGCUGGACUUGAUCCCAAUCCGCCAGUGUCUCUGUAUCCUCAGAGAGUUAGCAGCCUCCACGAAACAUCCGAGCUGCAGCAACCAUGUGUACCAUCAAAUGCAGCUCCGCCAGCAGGAAACGUCCGGCAAAGAACGCCCUCAGAUACGAUACAAGUUGCCAGACACUCUAUCGGUCGCACGGUCUCCCAGUCCCCUGGUGAUGCCGGGAAACCAAACCCACAAGAUGAGUCGAGCAUUACAGUCGACAAAGGCAAGGGAAAAGCAGCGUCUACGCUAUCUCCGGCCACACCACUAUACCCUCCCGAUAUCCGUCCACCACCACCGCCGCCACCACCUCAAACACCGUCACAGCCGUCUCCCGCCGCGGAAACACGACCAACAACAGCCCGCACCGAGAUAGGCACGCUGGACACUCCUCAUACGUUUCAAACGGCUUUCAGUGCUUUGCAGCAGCUGCAAGAUCUCAAGCCCAAAGCCGAAGGAAACGCACUACCAUUCUCAGCCACGGAGAUUGCAGAAGUCUUGCGCUGUAGCCAAAUCAUGAUACAAUUGAUGGGCCACGUUCAGAGAGAAGCCAAAGCCGUGGCCACAUCAUAUUCAGCAACGGGGUCCUUCGACUCUGGUAUAAGCCUGGGAUCAAACCCGGCCUCUGCACAGCGCAGCAGUGGCGUCGACGAGCGUGAGGCCGCCUCUGCAGCUGGGGCGGAGACACUACAAGGCUCGGCUUUGCCAGUCGCCGCAGAACGAAGCGAUGCUGUUCCACAACCCAUUUCGGCGCCAGGAAUUGAUGUGUACACGGGCAUGCGGCGUGACGGUGGGCACGGAGAAAGCAAAGAGAAGCGCAGACGCAAAGAUACUGGCAGUGACGUAUCUUUUAUUGUUCUGGAGUGA